UGCCGGUAUAAAAAAGAGUUCCGUUAAGAAAAUGUGACACAGGCGAAGUAAAUAUGUAAAGCAGGUAAAGAUGGCGCUAUUUGUGAAGUAUUUCUUCCUACUAAUCUUUCUUGUAUUUAUGUACACAUGCAGCCUGUUAAUAUUUGCCAAAGGCUUCCUGCUGAAAAGAGUUGUUGUAGAUCAUAACAGUUCGUGUGUCGUGGACUUCACUUUAUCCACUGACCACCACGGUACGAAGGGAUGCUGGAUGCACAGUCGUUUCAACAAGGCAAUUAUCGUUGUGAUAGAUGCGCUGAGGUUUGACUUCAUGAGAUAUGACCACACAUUAGAAAGAGAUAUUCCAUAUAAAAAUAAACUCCCAAUUAUUAAAAAUUUAUUGAAGAGUAAACCUACAAAUUCAAAAUUAUACAAAUUCAUUGCUGACCCUCCAACUACAACGUUUCAAAGACUGAAAGGAUUGACAACGGGGAGUCUACCAACAUUCGUUGAUGCUGGAGCAAACUUUGCAAGUUCUGCGAUAACAGAGGACAAUGUCAUUGACCAAUUGGUAAAGCAAGGAAAGGUGAUCAAGUUUCUAGGAGACGAUACCUGGAUGAGCCUGUUUCCAGGGAGAUUCCAGAAGGCGUACCCAUUUCCUUCUUUUAAUGUUAAAGAUUUGCAUACAGUUGAUAAUGGCAUCUUGAAGCAUUUGUAUGGCCAGCUGAACAAAAAGGAUUGGUCAGUGACAAUUGCUCAUUUCCUUGGGGUUGAUCAUUGUGGUCAUCGCUAUGGACCUGACCAUCCAGCUAUGGCAGACAAGUUAAGCCAGAUGAAUGAAGUCAUCAGCAACAUAACCAGUCGUAUGAAGGAUGACACUAUACUGUUUGUAAUGGGGGACCAUGGGAUGACGGCGACUGGGGAUCAUGGUGGAGACAGCGAUGAUGAACUGGAGGCUGGAUUAUUUAUCUACAGCCCUGUACAGAUUACCUCCCCUUCUACUUCUUCUAAGCCGGACAUCCAUGAGACCAUAUCCCAGAUAGACUUUGUGCCAACGCUGGCUCUAUUGAUGGGAGCUCCGAUUCCUUUUUCAAACCUGGGCCGGAUCAUCACUGAUCUGUUUAACCACUGUCCUUGGUGGGCCACUAGUACCAGUAAACUCAAACAGGUAUUUCAUGCUGUGAAAGCAUUACGUCUGAAUGCUGUCCAAGUCAGCCUCUACCUGAAGGCGUAUGCCCAGGUGUCCUCAGACUUUCCCAUCAACAAGUACUACGAGCUGGACAACAUGUUGGAAAAUGCGGAGCGCAACCUUCAGGGUCUGGUGACCUCCAUGGUCAAAUCGGGUGAGAAUCAACACAUGGUCCGACAGCUGGAGGAGCUGAAGCAGGUUUACGACUCCUACAUUUCACAGGUCAAGGCCAUUUGUCAGGGCAUCUGGGCAAAGUUUGACCUUGUUUCCAUUUCCAUUGGGAUCAUGUCACUCCUUCUCACUGUCCUAAUCAACGUUUACUUCGUUCAGCUGUCAUUUUGGAAAAAGUUUGAAGUUCCUAGCACCGUGAUUGUUGUCAUACUGUUUUGUAUGGUUUACAUUGUGUAUGCAGUCUUCCAUUGCUUCUUUGUGGGGGAGACCAUCAGCUCAUUUAUGGUAUUUUUAUUAGGAUUCGUCAACAUCGUCGCACUCAUCAUUAUAAAUGUUAAAUUUUCCCCGAAAAGACCAAAAUUGAUCUCCGAUCUCAUGAUAAACCAGAAGAAAGAUUCUGGUUUCCCAUUGGUGACGUGUACUUGUAAUGCCAUUGUGUGCCUCAUAUGUUUCAUAUCAUUUUUCAGCAACAGUUUUGUCGUUCAUGAAGAUGCCAUUCUUCUAUUCUUAGCGCAAAGUUUGAUAGUCAUUUACUGUGUCAAGGUUAUUUCUCAGACUUUUAAAAAACAUGACACAAGUCCAAAUGAUCCAAAACCAAAACACAAAAAACAGAAACCGUUCGACUUUAUGUUGAUAUUAACUCAUCCAGCCAUGUUGACGAUUGCUAUGACAACAGGGCUCUGCUUGUGUCUUCGACUAUCUAUGAACUUCAAGGCCUGUAGGGAGGAGCAACAUACUUGUGAGUUGUCCUUGUUCUUACGUCCGCUGUCGGGCCUUACUGACAGUUUAGAACACCUGCGUAAUUUACGGUAUUUCUUCAGUGUUGGCUGCCUAGCUUUGACUGUGUUUCUUACAAGGAGGCUUCUGUUCCACUUCGGUAACCUGAACGGAAUGUCUGGAAGUGUUCAGUGUGUUCGGUAUUUGCUGCCACUGUGUGCAUGCUGUUGUAGCCUACACUGGGCAUUGUGUGCCCUGCCACAGAAAGCCCUAGACUCGCUGCCUGUGUGGCAGCAGACAUUCCUGCCAAAGUCUGUAUACAUACUUACUGCCAUAUCUGUAGUCUCAGUUUUAGUCAAACCACUGACCAUCCAUAUGAUUCGACAAAACAAAGAUUCCUACAGCAUCCCAAAUAAAGAUGGAAACAUCAUCCCUCAGCUGUACAACCAGGUAAAGCAGAAUUUACAACACCGCCAGGAGGAGCAGCCACCAAUGGUGUACGGCCUGGCCACAGUCUUCUCCGCUGCCAUCAUUAGUGUGGCUUCCAUAGUUACCGUCCUACUAACUAUGUUGCUAGGUGACGGAGUGGCUCCGAGUCUGUUCUUGCUCACCCUGACCAUGUACAUCGUCCUGGAGUUGUAUACUGCACACCUGAUCAGUUCAACAACGGAAGGUCACAGCGUGGCUUGGGAUAUGGUAGGUGCUGUUGUGCUCCACUCAGUCCUGUCAAGCCUCUACUUCUACACGACCGGACAUCAGGCCACCGUCCCAGCCAUCAGGUUUGAGGCAGCCUUUGUUGGUUUCCAUGGAGACUUCCAAAACUAUGCCCUCCCCGCUAUGCUGAUACAUCUAAACACCUUUGCUGCCCACGUUCUGUUGGGGGUCCUCGCACCACUUUGGGUGUUCUGGCCACUGGCAAAGAGCACCUUUGCCACUCAGAUGACGAAUGUGGAGCUCGACAGGACAUCGAAGGGAGACUUCGCUUUGUUUGAAGAUGAAGAGUUAUUGAAAAAGAGGAUGUUUCAGCUGUUUACAUGUCUGACACUUUUUAGUGGUAUCAAGGUACUUGGAGCAGUAUGUGCGGCAGGGCUUCAUCGCAGACAUCUUAUGGUGUGGAAGAUUUUUGCGCCCCGUUUCGUGUUCGAGGCCGUGUCCUGUUUCACAGUAUUUGGGAUGUGCUUGUUGAUGUUCCUAUUUGUCAUGAGAGUCAAUCAAACCCUCGCAUCCUGGGUAAAGGUCCUGGAGCCCAAAAAGAGCCAAGAUUAACACUACAUCCAAUCAUCUUCUGCAGACAUACCAGCCUAGGACAAAAUUUCUACAAAAUUUAAUGAACUUAGAUAUUUUGAGACCAAAGUUUAGUGAUUGGAACUGUGUUGCUGUUCAUUAACCUGUAAAAUUUACUUCUGUUUUUGAUCAGUAAAACUUACUUCCGUCGUUGAUCAGUAAAACUUACUUCUGUUUUUGAUCAGUAAAACUUACUUCCGUUUUUGAUCAGUUAAAUUUACUUGUUUUUGAUCAGUAAAAUUUACUUCUGUUUUUGAUCAGUAAAAUUUACUUCCGUUUUUAGGUCACCUGAAACAAAGUCUCAAGUGACCUAUUGCGAUCGCCUUUUGUCCCUCGUCGUC